CAACAUAGCAACAACCUUAUAAAGGAAAAGAUGCUCCCUCUCUCUGGCUUCAGUUCAUACAGCAAGUGAAGUCAACACCACUGUCCUCUCAGACAACAUGCUCAGCCUUCUUAAACUGCCCAGAGUCUUCACCAUCCACCAAGUCCCAAAAGUGUUCCAUGAGGACAGCAUCAUCUCAGGCUACCGACACCCUCGCAGCUCAGCCACUGACUGCAUCCUCAGCCUCUUCCAGCUGACCAAUGAAACGCUCAAUAUCUGGACACACUUCCUGCCCACAUGGUACUUCUUAUGGAAGCUGCUGACGGUGGUCCUGAAGGAACACGUCCUCCACGACUCGUUCACGUGGCCCCUCCUGGUGUUCCUGAUGUCGUGCUGUGUGUACCCGCUGGCCUCUAGCUGUGCCCACACCUUCAGCACCAUGUCAACACGCGCACGACACAUCUGCUUCUUCUUCGACUACGGAGCUCUGAGUCUCUACAGCCUGGGCUCUGCCAUGACAUAUUCUGCCUACGUUAUUCCUGAUAACUGGGUGAACAGUUCGUCCCACCAGUACUAUAUCCCCAUCGCUGUGGUGAACACGGUCAUCUGUACCGCCUUAGCCUGCUACUCCAGGCUUGGUUUACCAUAUAUCCAAUAUAACCAUGACGUCAUAAAAAGAUUCUCAGAGUGUAAGAGCCCAAAGUUUGGCAAAUUUCUCCGCAUUCUAGCUUUCGCAUUACCCUACCUGUUCGACAACAUUCCUCUCUUCUACAGGCUCUUCUUGUGUGUGGGUGAGGGCUGCACUGUCAACGAUGCCAACGCUCUCCACCACACCCACAUCGCCCUGGCCUUCCUGACCGCAUUCCUCUUCGCCACACACCUACCAGAGCGCCUGGCCCCCGGCAGCUUCGACUACAUAGGUCACAGCCACCAACUGUUCCACGUGUUCGGCAUAAUCGGCACUCAUUUCCAGAUGGAGGCCAUUGAGCAGGACAUGGUGACGCGACGCCCGUGGCUCCUCACGUACUCUCUGCCCAUCACCUUCACCAACACACUGGGGGCGGCACUGCUGAGUGUAACCCUCAGCCUUGGCAUCAUCGUCUUCUUUAGUCUGCCUCUGCUCUGGUCAGCCACCCGGGGAGAACACACUGAGAAGACACAGUCACGUCCAAUAGCCAAGGGCUGCCAGUACCACUAGCACUAGCCAUUAACCACAUGCUAAUUAUAAUGUAUAUGGGAUGUAGGAACUGGAUGGCUCAGUUGGUGGAGCAUGGUGCCUGUAAUGCCAGGAUUGUGGAUUUGAUUCACAGGGCCACCCACACGUAAAAUGUAUACAAACAUGAAUGUAAGUCACUUUGGAUAAGAGCGUCUGCUAAAUGGCAUAUAUUUGUAUUAUAUUACUAUGAUUAAACUGGACACUGUGGUGGGGGUGGGCUUGGGAGAAGAGGUGAACAACUGAAGUGAACCACUAUGGCUUCUUGGUGUUGGAUAGAGGUGAAGUCAUGACAAGAUACAAUGCUGAAGGAGCAAUGAACUGUUCUUCACAUUGUCAACACGGAUGAAUAAACUGGUAGCUGAACAAGAGCUCCAUAUAUACUGCAAUGGGGGACAGACAAAGUUAGUGGUACCUCUGGUAGUAUUAUAUUGACUAUAGGACAAGUACACAGUACUAAACAUGUAGUCCUUGCUUUUGUUCGCUGAUUUACCAACGCUACUGAGGAGCAGGAAGAGACUGGAGCAGUGGGAAGUCAAACUGUAUAUGAAGAAUCAAUCCACUGAGUAGCAGGAAGAGACUGGAGCAGUGGGAAGUCAAACUGUAUAUGAAGAAUCAAUCCACUGAGGAGCAGGAAGAGACUGGAGCAGUUGGAAGUCAAACUGUAUAUGAAGAAUCAAUCCACUGAAUGUUACAUGAAGACGAAUUUUCAAUAUUCCUUCAAUUUAGUUUUUCUUUUUAAACACUUUUUAUACUAAAUAUAUUUAUCACUUGAUCAUUUUUAUACGCAAACAAUGGAUAUGUACCACAAACACAUCAACAAUUUUAGGACCACAGACUGUAGCCUAAGGGCUGUUAAGUGGAGGGUUUUGGUAGUAUAUUGUAAAGUAAAAUCAGCACUGAAGGACACAACUUAUUAAUGAAGUUUACAGUAUGUAUGAUGGUCAGCUACUAAAGUGAAGCUGCCUUUUAGAGAUACAAGUCAUACAUGUCAGAUCGCUUUCCUGUAAACUGUUAAGUACAGUAUUAUUUAAAGCAUCACCAAGACAUUAUAGUUCUCCGUUACACAUUAAACGUUUUCUUUGGCUCAUGUAAA